CACGAAAUACACGACACGAAGUUGAGCACUAGAGCAGCAGCAACGACGACGAUGGCCACCGUUGGCACCGAGUCGCAGCAGCACCAGCACCAGGCGAACGUCGUCUUGCCGGACGGUCGCAAGGUGGUGGACGAGGUGUCCGGCUGGCUGCGCGUGUUUGACGACGGCAGCAUCGACCGCACGUGGACGGGGCCGCCUGAGGCUCUUCCGCUGAUGCAGCGCGUGGAGCCCUAUGCCGUGCCCCGCGACGGCCACACGCUCCACGACCUCCCCGGGGAGCCCGACCUCCGCGUCUACCUCCCCGAGCUCAACCCUGCAGGCGGGCGCCUCCCUGUCAUCGUGCAGCUGCACGGCGGCGGCUUCUGCAUCUCCGACCCGUCAUGGCUCAUGUACCACCACUUCUACGCGCGCCUCGCGUGCGCCGUCCCCGCCGUGGUGGUCACCGCCCAGCUCCCGCUAGCGCCAGAGCACCGUCUGCCCGCCCAGAUGGACGCCGGCGUCGACGUGCUCCGCCGGCUCCGGUCCAUCGUCACAGCUGACACGGGCACGCUCGAGGACCCGGCGGCCGAGCUCCUCCGCAAGGCCGCGGACGUCUCCCGGGUGUUCCUCGUCGGGGACAGCUCCGGCGGCAACCUGGUCCACCACGUGGCCGCGCGCGUCGGCGAGGAUGGCGCGGACGUCUGGGCGCCGCUCCGCAUCGCCGGCGGCGUCCCGAUCCACCCGGGGUUCGUGCGCGCCGCGCGGAGCAGGUCGGAGCUGGAGAACACGUCGGACUCGGUGUUCUUCACGCUGGACAUGGCCGACAAGUUCCUGGCCAUGUCGCUCCCGGAGGGCGCCACCAAGGACCACCCGUUCACGUGCCCGAUGGGCCCGAACGCGCCGCCGCUGGAGUCCGUGCCGCUGCCGCCGAUGCUGGUGGCCGUGGCGGAGAAGGACCUCAUCCGCGACACCAACCUCGAGUACUGCGAGGCGCUGCGCGCCGCCGGCAAGGAGGUGGACGUACUCAUCAACCGCGAUAUGAGCCACUCCUUCUACCUCAACAAGUUCGCCGUCGACAUGGACCCAACCACCGGGGAACGAGCGCAGGAGCUCAUCGAUGCCAUCAAGAGCUUCGUUGCCCGCCACUAAAUUGCAAAGCAUAUAUCCCGCACCUGCUGUGUUGCUUAUUGUGUUAUGUGUUCUACCGUCAGCGUCAUGUUUGUCUGCCAUUAAUUGAGUCGAUCGACCUAUGUGUGAGUUUUACGUCCAUAUAUGCUUCUGGAUUGUGCAUCAAUCAAUCUGUUUAGUUGCUGUCUAGUCCCUAUUUGGGACUGUUUGCAUUUGCGUAUUGCGUCCACAGUCAACCCAACUGUUU